AUGGUAUGAUUUCUAUUGCAUCUUUCCAGAACAAGUUUUUUUUUUUUUUUUUUCACGCAUGCAUGACGUAUCCUAACUCCAAAGCACAGACUUUAUCGCUUACUACUGGCAACCGUAUUCUGUGCAACCAAACAUCCAGGACUUCAUCCGUCCCUGCGAAUCCAAUCGCAGAAGGCUCUUCAAUGCAAAGUUAACCCAUCUUGAACACUGGGGACACCAAUCCCCCCCUUCCCCCCAUGCUCCUGGACCAAAAACGAACCCAGGCCAGGACUAACAUUCUUACCUACGUAGUGGUGGAGCCCUGUGCAGACUUGGGAGCAAGGUAGAGUUGCUGCAAUGGCAGUGCAUCCAUUACUAAUUUGUACGCUUAUUUUAUUUACUUUUGCGUUCACCGUAAACGCGCAGUAUGAGAACUACAGUUUUAGAAGUUUCCCUAGUCAGGAACUUAUGCCACUGGACUCCGCUUACAAAUAUGCUUUGGACCAAUACACCGGUGAGAACUGGAAAGAGAGCGUGGAUUACAUAGAAAUUAGUUUGAGGCUGUACCGUUUGCUGAAGGACAGCGAGGCGUUUUGCAAUUUCAACUGUAGUACCGUUCGGAUGGACAAUGAGGCGAAGUUUGCAGAUUUUGCCGAACUGCAGGUAUUCGGGAACAUCAUGAAACGGAACCAGUGUUUGAAGAGAUGCAAACAGGGUCUGCCGGCUUUCCGACAGUCUAUGCCAAGCAGAGAUACAGUGGACGAAUUCGAGAGACGAGAGCCUUACAAAUUCCUCCAGUUUGCGUACUUUAAGUCUGACAACAUUGCCAAAGCUGUUUCUGCAGCUCACACCUUCCUCCUGAAGCACCCUGAGGAUGAAAUGAUGAAGAGGAACAUGGCUUAUUACAAGAGUUUACCUGGGGUUGAGGAGCACCUCAGAGAUCUGGAGACCAAGGCCUACGAGGCGCAGUUUAUCCGGGCAGUGCGGGCGUAUAACGGGGAUAAUUUCCGCACCUCUGUCUCGGACAUGGAGCUUGCCCUGCCCAGCUUCUUCAAAGCCUUUGACGAGUGUCUGGCUGCCUGCGAGGGGUCCAGGGAAAUCAAGGAGUUCAAAGACUUCUACCCUUCCAUAGCAGACCAUUUCAUUGAGGUUCUGAAUUGUAAAGUGAAGUGUGAGAGUGACCUUACUCCAGUAGUUGGUGGCUUUGUUGUAGAAAAGUUUGUGGCAACCAUGUAUCAUUACCUGCAGUUUGCCUAUUACAAAUUAAAUGACCUGAAACAUGCAGUGCCCUGCGUAGCGAGCUACUUGCUGUUCGACCCCAGUGAUGAAGUGAUGAAACAAAACAUGGUCUAUUAUCAGUACCACAAGGAGAAAUGGCAUCUCACAGAUGAAGACUUCCUGCCAAGACUUGAGGCAGUACGAUAUUUUAACGAGACCACAAUACAGCUGAAUAUUCUUGAGUUUGCGUCCCAACAUUUGCUGCCUGAUGAUGAGGCGGAAGUGGUGGAAUUUCUUGACGAACUUCUGGAGACUGAUAUUGGCCAAUCCUGGUGACAGAAACUGACUUUCCAAAACAGUCAAAAGAAAAGAAUAUGCUUUUUCUUUUGUGAAUUUAGUGCUCAUAAAGCUCCCUUUCAAAUCUCUGUUAGCACUCCUAAAUACUGAGCACCCCCUGCCUUUUUAAAUGAGAGCACCAAUUGUUCUAUAUUUUGUGGUGGUUUGUGUUAAGUGGACUAGUAUUCUCUGCUUCGCCAGACCCUAGUGGCCAUCAAACAAAUUACACUUGGUCUGCAUAUGUAAAAUGGAUUAAUUUGUCUACUACAAAAACCUAUUUUAACAUUUCGGCCAAGACACAUGAUCUCUCUGCUUCAUAUGUAUUGAUUUUUCACUCUUGUUGUAAGCCUAUGCUUUUACUUUUUUA